AUGGGAAAAUACAAGAUGAGCAUGACGAAACAGGACCUCAUGGGAGAGGGGACCUCGAGCAUCUGCAGAAAAGGUGUCUGCAUGGAGACCGGCACGGAAGUGGCCAUCAAGGUCUACAAGGCCUUGAAGGAAAGCCACAAGGGCGAGGACGUCCGGCUCCAGAAGUUCCGGAGGCAAAUCAGCGUCUUGAAGAUGCUGCAGGAGCCCUUCGGUACCGUGCCUGACGAAACGCUUUGGCAUCCGCAGCUGGCAGCGACGAAGCCCUCGAAACUUUUCAUGUCACUUUUGGACUACAGCAAGGACAAGGGUGGAAAUCCUGCCCCUGAUCCUACGGAUGGAGUCAUGUAUGUGAUCACCGAGCUUGCUCAGUAUAGUUUGAAGGACUACCUGGCGCUUCGAAGGGACCAGGGAAAGAGCUUAUCGCGAGGAGCGGUGAAGAACAUCAGCAAGGCCAUCAUUCUGGUGGUGGCAGGUCUGCACGCCAAAGGGCUCGUGCACCUGGACCUGAAGCCAGAGAACUUGAUGAUGUUCAACGGGCGUCUGAAGCUCAUCGACGUAGACGGCUGCGUGCCCUGCGGCAGCGAGGUGAGCAUCCAGGAUUCCUCCAUUUCCUUUUCUCCUUGCUACUGCGCGCCAGAGUGGGCGCGGUUUCUCAUCGAGGAGACGGAGUCCAAGAUUACCGUUAGGCCGCAUUUAGACGUGUGGAGCGUGGGGAUGACCAUCUGCGAGCUGGCAACGCUAGAUGCCGUGCUGAAGCCGAUGUAUGCCAACUUCCUCCGGAACGGCCACUCCCACCGGGAGGCCGGCUUCCUCUUCAUGGACUGGCUCGGGAGCAUCGCCAAGGCGCCCAUUCCCAAAAGCAUCGAGCGGUUCGACCCAGCCUUCCACCAGAUGCUUAUUGGGUCCCUCUUGGUCUGCGAUCACACGAAGAGGAAGACCCUGGCCCAGUGUCUGUCAGAUCUCUACCUGGAGUCUGACAAGGACAAGGUGGCAAAGGACGCCACCGUGGAGCAUCGGGAGUCGGAAGCCCCGCCGCUUCCUGUCAACGAGAAAGUGGACCGCACCACCAGGAAUCGCAUCGAGGACACCUCCAGCAAGGCGCCGCUGUACAAGGGCACACUCUGGAAGCUGAACACCGAUGGGAAUCCGCAGGAUGCCACGCAUUGGUUGAAGCGUGACAUGUGGGUCGCCUUCAAUGGUUCCUUGUGCUACUUCAGCAUCAAAGAGAACAAGCGUUUGGUGCUCGUGGAUGGCUCGAAGCUCACCGGCGCCAAGGUCAUGCCACUCGUGGGCGCUGCACGUGAGUACGCCUUCAGGCUCCAGUGUUACAACCACGAUGAGCAUGAGAAGGACGUGAACAUGUGCUUCUCGGCCGAGUCUCCAGAGGAGUACACAAAGUGGACUGGGCUACUGAUGCACACCGCCAACAUGGACGGUGCCAUCCAGACGAUGCGCUUGGGCGGGGACGUUGCGGCGGAGAUCAAGCAGUUUAGGCUGAACGUGAAGAACCGGCGCAUGAAGGUAGGGGAGGACAAGAAGGAUCAGUUUGCCCCGGUCUUCAAGGCCAAGCUUUGGAAGGUCAAGGCUGACGGCGAUCGACGGAAGGAGGAGGACUGGUUUGAGCGGGAGAUGUGGAUUGCAAAGAAUGGCAGCCUUGUGUACUGGAGCAAGAAGGAGGACCGGGACCUGGUCUACUACACCUCGGAUGACAUCGCACGGGCGACCAUCACCUUGAUUCCCAACGAUGAUAGCUUCAUCCCAUGGGCAUUCCAGGUGCAUUUGCCCCCCAUCGGGGAAGUGGAGUUCACUCCCGGGGAGUUUGCGGCCGAGUCCGAGGUGGGGAGAGUAAAUCUUUAA